AUGUACGGUGACCAAAAGACAAUAUUCAAACUGGUUGGCAGGUUCAACAUUCAAGGCGGAGUUAUCAAGCAGGCGUUGGCAACAGAUAUCUUGUGUAAAAACGGCCUUCGGCCAUUUGACCACAAAAAUCAUGACAUAAAAGAUAUUGGUAUCCUUGUUAUAUCUGAGGCAGAAUAUAAUAAGCCUAGCAAAUUUCUUGAACCUGUUCGCGAUUCAGGCGGUCGGCUAGUUAAGAAGAAAUGGAUUGAGGAUCUUCACUUCAAGCGUACAUGGUUGGACCCAUGUGGCGAUUACCUGUGGGAGAAAUUAGGUUGUGUGGACGACAAGGAUGUCAGUGGUGAUGACAAGUACAAGUGGCAGGAUGAUGACUACGAGCAGGGCGAUGACGAUGAUGAUGAGUCUGACGAUGAUGACUAUGAGCCGGAAGAUGACGAUACUGAUGAAUCUGAAGAUGAUGACUAUGAGCAUGGCGAUGACGAUGAUGAUGCAUCUGACAUUGAUGAAUCUGGCGUCGAUGAGCCUGAGGCUUAUGAUUACGAAGAUGAAGACUCUGAGGAUGAAGACUCUGAGGAUGAAGACUCUGAGGAUGAAGACUCUGAGGAUGAAGACUCUGAGGAUGAGUCAUAUUGGAAGAAAGCUUAA